AUUUCAAUUUUGACUUCAAGUGUCUCAUUCCUACGGCUUCUACUUAACCUUACUGUACAACAAACAGUACUGUAUAUGAAGCGCCUAGGAUUAUUUAAUAAAUAAAUGCUCUUUUUUUCCCCGCGGUGCAUAACCACAAUCACAUAGUAUCAAAAGAUCCAUCCAUCCAUUCAUUCAGGAACAGGAACAGGUACAGGUACCUGCCUACCUACCUACCUACCUACAUAACAUACAUGAUACAUUCCAACUUCAGCGCCAAGAUCUAAACACGAAAAUAUCCCACCCACCUCCACAAAUUCAAACUUUAGCCAUUUGCUUUUUUAUUCUCAUCUUUUUUAUUAAACCUUUUUAAACCUUCCAACUAAACCUUCGAACCCUUUUCUUCCCGCGACGUCUGGACAACGCCUUUCUUGGACAUUUUUGCUUCAUUUACAUUCCUUAACCCACCUUCCAUCUAUUUCGAUCCCUUGGACGAUUAUCACUGUGUUUCGCUGGUCAUACGCGAAAUUAUCUCUCGCUCAUUCACUUAUCCACUAUCUAACGGCGCAAGACGUCCAUUUACAAACGAAAUAAGCCACCGACAACCAAUUUUAUAUCUCCUGCUGGCCCGGAUUGAAUAUUGAAUCACCUAUCUACCAUCACUUACUUAUCACGUCGAUCAUUCAUACAAAAUAUAACAUCUAGACCUUUCUCUCAUCCUCCACAACAACAUGUUUUCCUCUUCGAUAUUUGUGGCUGCUCUCGCCAUGGCUAAGAUGGUGGCUGGUGAGGCAGCAUCUGGAAGUUAUACUCCAACCACACCAACUACACCCGAAGCAAAAGCUUCUGCUGCUGCCGCCGCGGCUCUCAAAGCCAAAGCAGCCAUGUUCAACCAGGAUUUUCAUGAUUACAUCUUUAUUGUUCUUGCUUCCUUGAUCGUCGCUAUGGUGGUUUGGAGAGUCGGGAUGGAGUCCGUCAAAUAUGUGCGAACUAUGGCAUCACUCAACAACGAGACUCAGAGAUACUUUGCUAUUCCUUCCCUUGGUUUUGCAAAAUUUAAGAAGCACGUCCUCUAUGCUCCUAUCUUCGGCAAGAGACAUAAUAGGGAAAUUCAAAUAGGAAAAGCCGUCAACGUUGGUACACUUCCAACCAGAUUUCAAUUUGCCUUCCUCUUGGCCUAUUUCGGAACAAACAUUGCGUUCUGUGCCGUUAGCAUUACCUGGGAUCAAUCAUAUACUGCAGUUGCGCAGCAGCUUAGGAAUAGAACUGGUAUUCUUGCCGUUAUUAACAUGGUAGGUUGAAGAACGAGGAGUCCACAUGUCCAUCACGUGCUGACCAUCUAUUAGAUUCCUCUUUUCAUCAUGGCGGCGCGGAACAAUCCCUUGAUUAACUGGCUCAACAUGUCUUUCGAUACAUUCAAUCUUUUGCACAGAUGGACUGGACGUAUCGUAACUCUUCAGGUUAUUGCCCACGUUGCCGCUUGGGCUGCUUCCAAAGUUCAUACUUCUGGUUGGUCCGCAGUCUGGUCAUCGAUCGCGAAAAGCCCUAUGCUAACUUAUGGCGCUAUCGUAAGUUCUUUCUUUAAAAAAAAACAAGUAUUGUGCUAAAAUCAGCAGGCCACGAUCGCCACUAUUGUAAUCAUGAUACAGGCUAGCUCGCCUGUUCGCCAUGCCGCAUAUGAAAUUUUCAAAUACCUUCAUAUCGCGCUAGUCAUCGUUUUCAUCAUCGGUAUCUACCACCACUUGAAGUUAGACGAUCUUCCACAAUUACGACUUCUCUGGGGAGCCAUUAUCCUUUGGAUUACGGAACGUGUAUACAGAAUCGUUACAGUUGCGUACCGAAACUUCGGAAAAGGUACCUCUAAAACAUUGGUGGAAGCCCUUCCAGGGAAUGCUGUUCGAGUUACCGUUGAUAUGGCACGACCAUGGAAGUUUAAGCCCGGACAACAUGCCUACCUUUACAUGCCGUCUAUUGGACUAUUCCAAUCUCAUCCUUUCUCGGUCGCUUGGUCAGAAGAGGCAGAAGAUUUAUCGGAUGAGAAGCUAGCAAUGAACCGCCAAGAAAUCUUAGCUAUGCAAAAGACAAGCAUGUCCUUCGUCAUUAGAGCCCGAACUGGAUUUACAGAAAAGCUUUAUAAGAAAGCUGAGGCUUCUCCCGAUGGAAAACUCUAUACCAAGUGCUGGGCUGAAGGCCCUUAUGGAGGAAUGCAUAUGAUGCAUUCUUAUGGAACAGUUAUGUUAUUCGCAGGAGGUGUUGGUAUCACUCACCAAGUUCCACACGUACGUGACCUCGUCGCCGGUUAUGCCAAUGGAACCGUAGCCGCACGAAAGAUUAUUCUAGUUUGGACUAUCCAAUCACCAGAGCAUCUCGAGUGGAUUAGACCAUGGAUGACUUCAAUUCUCGCUAUGGAGAAACGUCGCGAAGUCCUUCGAAUCAUGUUAUUCAUCAGUCGACCAAGAUCUACCAAGGAGAUUCACAGUCCAUCUGCAACUGUGCAGAUGUUCCCAGGUAGGCCCAAUAUUGACACCUUGAUGGGGACUGAAAUAGAGAACCAAGUGGGUGCCAUGGGCGUCACGGUAUGUGGUAGUGGAGCACUCAGUGAUGACGUUCGAAGCGCAGUUCGUAAACAUCAAUAUUCUGGAAACAUUGAUUUCAUCGAGGAAGCAUUCUCGUGGUAAGUCCAGGGUGAUACUUUGUGCUCUGUGAUAACAUUGUUCCCAUAUGGAAACGAUAAUCUCAUACACAAUGACGGGAUAUGGAGCCAUUCAUUGUAUAUUUCAGGAGUUGACGGAACAACCAUACGUGGAACGACGGAUAUGAUCUGGCUGGAUAUCAGGCUCAUGGUCCUGGUUCGGGUAUGUAGGUAGGUAGUUGGAACGCACAUAUGAUGA